UGUCAAACGUGUCAUGCUUGGCAUUCAUGUUCAUUCAAUUAAUGUCAUGUAUGUGUGUAUUUAUUAACCUGAUGAUUAUUAUAGUUUUUCGACAAUAGAGUAUAACAAAUAUAUUAUAAAAUCUUGAUUAAUCUGAAAUUGAAUACUAUAAACAAAAAACUUCUAAACCCUACAAUAACCUAUUAUCUUUCAAUUUGCGGCAGAGGUAGUGAUGUGCUUAUAAUUAUCAACUAAACAUUAACAUUAUGAUGGAUGGAAAUGACUUAACGUCGGACGCAUCAAGAAAAGGCAUAGUUUCUCAAGCAUGGACCCGUAUUUCACAGGUGUACCAAGGGACGUUGGAUAAGUGGACACCACAUGCAAAAGCUAGAUGGGCUGGAAGUAUUCUACUUUUGAUGGCAUUUAUGCUGCGAAUUUUUACCAAACAAGGCUGGUAUAUAGUUACAUAUGCUCUUGGCAUAUAUCACUUGAACUUAUUCAUUGCAUUCCUAACACCAAAAAUUGAUCCGGCUAUGGAUUUUGAUGGUGAUGACGACAAUGGACCUGCGUUGCCAACUCGGUCAACUGAAGAGUUUAGACCAUUUAUAAGACGGCUGCCGGAAUUCAAAUUCUGGCUCUCUGUGACUAAGAGCACACUAGUUGCUAUAUGUUGUACCUUUAUUGAUGCUUUUAAUAUUCCAGUAUUUUGGCCAAUUCUAGUUAUGUACUUUAUUACCCUAUUUUGUAUAACGAUGAAGAGACAAAUCAAACAUAUGAUCAAAUACCGCUAUCUACCCUUUACACACAGCAAACCUAAGUACAAAACUGUUGACUCCUCAGUUACUAUAAACUGACGGAUAUUAGUCGACCUGUGAAGAGAGUAACAAGAAGUUUAUAGCUAAUUUAACUUAAAAAAACUGUUGUAUGAUUUUAGAAAUACAGUUUUUAUUAUAAUGUU